AUGCCGGACAACCGCGACGACGCACCCCAGGCUAACCAGCAGGCCGCCCAGCGCGCCGACUUCGACAUCCACACCGAUGCGCCUUCCUUCAUGCUUGUGAAGUGCGGCGCCUCCUCAUCCAUGUUCAGUAUCAUGACGGACGUGUUUCUGUGUGGACUGUCUCUAGGCUGUAUUGUUGUCGAGGCAGUGCACGACUUGACUGGUACCGGAAUAGGCGACAAACGCUAUUACACCGGCCUGGGCCUCAUCCUGCUUAGAACGGCGUACGAGUUCGCCCAGUUGCGGGGAACGCAGGUGCACGAGAUCACGGUACGCGGGGGGCUGCAAGUGGACGGCGUUCCCAUGACGCACACCACCUCUGGGACAAGGGGACGAGUUACGCCCGGUCGUCCCCGCACUCGUUUCAGAUACGCCGGUAGCGCCCUCACAGCUGGGAACUAUCCCCGUCGCCCCACUUCCUCUAUCGCUUCUACCACUAGUCAACCAGUCAUCCUAAUCGUAACGGACACGCAUGGUGCCGCCCCCCUUCUGGCUCGUCCUGCUGGGAGACUAGCUACGCAGCUUCCUCCCCGCCCUCUUGCGCUCAAUGGCCUCGGGGGAGAGAGACCCCGAGCUCGGGUGGCUCAGCAUCCUGACGAUGCUGUCGGUAUCUGGUUCUGCGCGGGCUACAGCGCAGAGAGGGUGCGCGAGGUGCCCCCGUGGGCCUUUGAUUAA